AUGAUAGCAUGGCGCUGGUUGGUUGUCAUCGCGUGCGUGUAUGCAGACGGAAGCCAGGUUCAAUCUGGUUGCAAGCUGUCUGCUGAACAGCAGCCGGAGAUUCUGACCUUGCUGCAAGUUGAAACCGCCAUCCAGCCUUCGAAGAAUGUGUCUGGGACCCUGGAGCCCCAUGUACGGUCAAGUGAGGACGGCAACGGGGGCCAUGCAAAGUUUGAGUGGUGGCUGCUUCUGUUUCGGGUUUCCCUACUCACCUUGGCAAUGAUACUUGCACACGGCUGGCUCUUCCGGCCCUGGAAGUCCGUAUUCGUGCUCCUCAUCCCACUGGGAACUGCAGCAUUUGCAGCCUUCUCAGCAUGUGGUUCUGGUUUGCCCGACAGUCGGGGUCGCAUGAACUUGGUUGUUUUCGAGAAAAGCUGCAGCGUUGCAGCCUGGACAGUACUUCUCACACUUCUGACAUCUAUGUGCGUAGCAAGCGCCCCUGAAGAAGCUGCCUGGCCCUUGAGCGGAGUCCGUCGCUUUUUGCGCCAAUUUCGCAAUUUCAGACUCUCCGUGUGGCCACAGGUGGUGCUAUACAUGGCGCUGGCUGUCAGUAUCCUGGAAGGGGUGCUUGGUGACCUGACACAUCAGUGCUACUUGAACGCCGUCACGGGCCUUUGCCUUGUGGUAUGCCUUCCCUUGCCUGGAGCAGGGUUGUUUCAGUACCCAUCGGAGUGGAUUCGGAAGUAUGACAUGGCGGCCAUGCAAGCAGAGCUGCAGGGUCUUGAUCUGUCGGACGAGGACUUGAGACCGCGGAUUUCGGACUGGUACGUUUGCUUGAUGGAGACCAAGACUGGCCGUCGCUUUGCCGACAUGUGCUGCCGCCUUCCUGUCUCAUGGGUGUGGUUGUACACUUCAUGGAAUGCACUUUUUCUCUUCGACAUCUCGGCUCUGAAUGGCUGGACUUUGGCAGUUCUGCUUGCGCCCCUCCUGGAGAGCCAGCGUACACUCUGUCUGUUGCAAAGCCAUGGUGUUGCUCUGAUCCCGUGGAUGAACUCACACUGGCUUCAGGUGCGAGCUUUCAGCCUCUGGUUGUGGCUUGUUCUCAACGGCUGUUUUCACCCGCUUUUCGGCAAUAUCUCGAGCCCCUCUGACUGGUUUGAGCUCACACCGCACGACGAGGAUCAGGCUCGGCGCAUGUGGGGUGCCUUCAAUCUGGCUUGGGCGAUCCUUCACCUUGGGUGGUUCUGGCAUCGGAUCUAUCGACUCAACCAACUCAGCCAAGCCGAAACGGAGCAACGGAGCAUGCCGAAGGACAGCCUGGCAAGCGGCUGA